AUGCCGUCUCGUUCACUUGCCGAAUUUAAAGAUACAUCGAAAUUGCAAAUUACUGAAGCGAUCAUACAUCAACUCAAUAAAAUACCAAUUAUCAAAGGGCAUUUUGAAAGUUUGCCACAAAAAGUUCAGUUGUUUGUUGCGGAAAAAGCUGAUCUGGUUACACCCCGUGCGAUUUAUAUUUGUGAUGGUUCCGAAACAGAGUACAAGGAACUGAUUGGAGAAUGCUUAGAAACAGGUGUUUUAACACCGUUAAAAGCAUACAAAAACAAUUAUCUAUGCCGUACAGAUCCACGUGAUGUUGCUCGUGUUGAAUCGAAGACAUGGAUGAUUACGACGGAAAAAUACGAUUCAGUUUGUCAUACGCCGGAAGGAGUAAAGUCAAUCAUGGGCCAAUGGAUGUCACCAGAACAAUUUGGCAACGAGUUGGAUGAUCGUUUUCCGGGUUGCAUGACUGGUCGUACGAUGUAUGUUAUACCAUUUUCAAUGGGUCCAGUUGGUGGUCCACUUUCUAAAAUUGGAAUUGAACUUACCGAUUCAGUAUAUGUUGUACUAUGUAUGAAAAUUAUGACCCGAAUGGGUGCACGUGUCUUGGAUGAAUUACGGAAAUCAAACGGAGAAUUUGUGCGUUGCAUUCAUUCCGUUGGACAGCCACGUCCUGUUCUCACCAAAGUUAUUAACAAUUGGCCAUGCAAUCCGGAAAAAACAAUCAUUGCGCAUCGUCCAGCGCAACGUGAAAUUUGGUCAUUCGGUUCCGGAUAUGGUGGUAAUUCACUUUUGGGCAAAAAAUGUUUUGCACUUCGAAUUGCUAUGAACAUUGGUUAUGAUGAAGGUUGGAUGGCCGAACAUAUGCUGAUUAUGGGUAUCACCAGUCCGCAAGGAAAAGAGCGCUUUGUUUGCGCAGCAUUUCCAUCCGCUUGCGGUAAAACAAAUUUAGCAAUGCUUGAACCAGCUGUUCCUGGAUGGAAAAUACGCGUUGUGGGUGAUGAUAUUGCUUGGAUGAAAUUUGGUGCUGAUGGUCGUUUAUAUGCCAUAAAUCCGGAAGCAGGUUUCUUUGGUGUAGCACCUGGAACAUCACACAAAACAAAUCCUAUGGCAAUGGCAAGUUUCCAGGAAAAUUCGAUCUUCACAAAUGUUGCCGAAACUGCUGAUGGUGAAUACUUCUGGGAGGGACUUGAAAAUGAGCUGAAAAAUCCGAAUGUUGAUAUGAUCGAUUGGUUGGGAAAACCGUGGCACCUUGGAGAUUCAACAAAAUCAGCUCAUCCAAAUUCACGAUUUACAGCACCUGCAGGUCAAUGCCCAAUCAUCCAUCCGGAUUGGGAAAAACCGGAGGGUGUACCAAUUGAUGCAAUCAUUUUUGGAGGCCGAAGACCUGAAGGUGUACCACUUGUAUUUGAGUCACGCAACUGGGUGCAUGGUAUCUUUGUGGGCGCAUGCGUAAAAUCAGAAGCAACUGCAGCUGCUGAAUUUUCCGGCAAACAAAUUAUGCAUGAUCCAAUGGCUAUGCGACCAUUUAUGGGCUACAAUUUCGGACGAUAUAUGCGUCAUUGGAUGAAACUUGGACAACCACCACAUAAGGUACCGAAAAUUUUCCAUGUCAAUUGGUUUCGUACAACUGCUGAUGGGAAAUUUUUAUGGCCCGGUUACAGUGAAAACAUUCGUGUUUUGGACUGGAUCCUAAGACGAUGUGAUGGUGAUGAUAGUAUUGGCUUCGAGUCACCAAUUGGUUACAUACCAAAAGAAGGUUCAAUUAAUCUCACUGGCCUUCCUAAUAUUAAUUGGGCUGAAUUGAUGUCUUUGCCGAAAAAGUAUUGGAUAGAGGACAUGGAAGAAACCAAACAUUUCUUCGAGCAACAGGUUGGCUCAGAUCUUCCUCCGGAAAUUGCAAAAGAGCUUGAAGACCAAACGGAAAGAAUUAAAGCUAUGCCUUGA